GGAGAAGGGGUUUGCUUCCGGACUGGGAAAGAGAACGGGAAAGGCUGCAGAGAAGCUGAAGUGGAGAAAAGCAGCGCAGCUGGAGCCUGGGAAAGUUUACUCAAAAAGAGAAGCCUCAGAUCAUAACCAACUGAAUAAAGGGAAGUUCUCACAGGUAAAAGUAACCUAGGAGAAGGAGAAGGAGAUGGAAGAGCAAGACCCAGAAGGACCUGGAAUGGGCAAGAUGGCAAGGAAAAGCCCCCAUCCCAUCCAACCUGGAAGUGUUGUUGAAUUCUGGGAAAGGACUGGGCCAGAGAUCUUGGCUAAGGACACCAUUACUUCAGAUGUCCACUGCCAACUCUUCCGGCGGUUCCGCUACCAUGAGGCUGAUGGGCCCCAAGAGGUUUGCAGCCAGCUCCAUGGACUUUGCAACCAGUGGGUGAAGCCGGAGAGGCACACCAAGAAGCAGAUCGUGGACCUGGUGAUCCUGGAGCAGUUUCUGACUCUCUUGCCCCAGGAAAUGCAGUGCUGGGUCAGAGGAUGUGGGCCGGAGACCAGUUCCCAGGCGGUGACCCUGGCCGAAGGUUUCCUCCUGAGUCAGGCAGUGGAGAAGAUGCAGGCAGAACAGAUGUGGGGACCACCUUUGAAGAUGGAAGCUGCAAUCCUUGAAGAAGAAGGAGCUUUCUUGGAGCAGGGGCAGAGGGUGCAGGCGUUGGAGUGUGCCCAAGAUGCCCUGUUCUGUGGAACAAGUGAAGAGAUGCUGUUGAGCUAUUGUCUUUUCCAAGGUGUGGGAACAGCAGCUGCACCUCCAAUCCAGGGUCCCUUUUCCUUUGAGGAUGUGUCCAUCUCUUUCACUGAGGCAGAAUGGGCUCUGCUGGAUCCGGGACAAAGAGCUCUGUACAGGGAAGUCAUGCUGGAGAACUAUGGGAAUGUAGCCUUUUUGGCAGAAAAUGAUCAGAGGAAUGAGGAGGGGGAGGAACUUCAUCAGCCAAUGCCAGAUAGAGUAAAAAAUAAAGACUUGGAUGAAAACGUCAGGAGUAAAGGCAGAUCUAAAAGAAAGAAAGGUGGUGCUAUGGUUGAGAAGCAUGAUGGAAGAAAGUGGAAUGUACAUUUUUCAAACCAAAAGAUAUUGAAGGCUAGGAAAUCCAUUCAAUGUGGAAAGUAUUUUAGAAAUAGAUCACAGCUCCUUGUAAACCAAAGAAUACACAGGGAGGAGACACCUGAAUAUUCAGAGAUGAGAAAUGAAUUCAGUCAGAGUAGCUUUCUUCAGCUCCAUCAAAAAACUCUCCAAGGAGAGAAACUUUUUAACUGCUCAGAGUGUGGAAAGAGAUUCAGUACAAGUAGCAAUCUUCAACAUCAUCAGAGAACCCACACAGGGGAGAAACCAUUUGAAUGCUCAGAGUGUGGAAAGAGAUUCAGUUUCAAUGGCGAUCUUAAAAAGCAUCAGAGAACACACACAGGAGAAAAACCCUUUGAAUGCUCAGAGUGUGGAAAGAAAUUCAGUCGGAGGGGUCAUCUUCAUUAUCAUCAGAGAACCCACACAGGGGAGAAGCCUUUUGAAUGCUCAGUGUGUGGAAAGAGAUUCAGUCGGAGUGGCAGUCUUCAAGAGCAUCAGAGAACCCACACAGGGGAGAAACCUUUUGAAUGCUCAGAGUGUGGAAAGGGAUUCAGUACAAGUAGCCAUCUUCAACAUCAUCAGAGAACCCACACAGGGGAGAAACUUCUUGAAUGCUCAGAAUGUGGAAAGAGAUUCAGUUUCAAUGGCGAUCUUAAAAAGCAUCAGAGAACACACACAGGAGAAAAACCGUUUGAAUGCUCAGAGUGUGGAAAGAGAUUCAGUCGGAGGGGUCAUCUUCAGUAUCAUCAGAGAACCCACACAGGGGAGAAGCCUUUUGAAUGCUCAGAAUGUGGAAAGAAAUUCAGUCGGAGUGACAGUCUUCAAGAGCAUCAGAGAAUGCACACAGGGGAGAAGCCGUUUGAAUGCUCAGAGUGUGGAAAGAGAUUCAGUACUAGAGGCCAUCUUCAAUGUCAUCAGAGAACCCACACAGGGGAGAAACCUUUUGAAUGCUCAGAGUGUGGAAAGGGAUUCAGACACAGAGGGCAUCUUCACCAGCAUGAAAGAACGCACACAGGCGAGAAACCUUUUGAAUGCUCAGUGUGUGGAAAGCGAUUCAGUACAAUGAGCAGUCUUCAAUAUCAUCAGAGAACCCACACAGGGGAGAAACCUUUUGAAUGCUCAGAGUGUGGAAAGAGAUUCAGUAGAAGCAAUCUUCUUCAUUAUCAUCAGAGCACCCACACAGGGGAGAAACCUUUUGAAUGCUCCGAGUGUGGUAAGAGAUUCAGUUGGAGUGGCAGUCUUCAAAAGCAUCAGAGAACGCACACAGGGGACAAACCUUUUGAAUGCUCAGAGUGUGGGAAGAGAUUCAGUCAGAGUGGCAGUCUUCAACGUCACCAGUUAACCCACACAGGGGACAAACCUUUUGAAUGCUUAGAGUGGGAAGAGUUUCACCACCUGGUCCCUGGGCAUAGCCUCCGCUGGGACCCAUCCCUUGUCUGCACAGCAGGUGUGGUCCAAAAGAGGCUCCAGGCAGGAGGCCCAGACUGGGAAAAAGACGGGUCAGCUUUGGUGCAUGAAACCAAGCAUCUUUAUAGCAGGAGCUGCAGGGAUUCAGCUCAAGCCUCCUUUCCCUGGAUCCUCCGGGCAUGCACCCCCGUGCAGAGUUACUCCCGAGCAGCCCCAUGGAGCAGCACUGCAGAUGGCAGCCUGGCUCCUCAUGGAGAGGACAAGAAGUCGACUGAAGGCUUGCCGGAAGAGAACGAUCUUACAGGCUUUGCGGAACUGAGCGAUGUCCCGCAAGGCCCUAACCUCUUCCGGCGAUUGGUUCUACCAGGAGGGGGCUGCCACUGA